UGAAAAUUAAUUUUUUUAUCAACAAACUCUAGCUAUGCAUUUAUUAUUUGAACUUUUAUUACUGGUAUUCAGCAAAUGUGAUUCUUUACAAUUGGAAGAUUUUUAUGAUUAUACAAGUGCUCGGAUCUUGACAGAUUUUAAUAUACAUAUUGAUUUGCCAAUAACAUACCCACAUUGGUCGGAUGUCAAUAACACCCAAAUUGACAUUGUUCAAAGUGGCAUUAUUCGAUUUUCAGGAUUAAAUUCCGCAAACACAUUGGAUCUAUUGGUGCUGGCUACAUCAUCUCCAAUUUCUGGUAAUAUAUUUUACCAAGUAAUACAACCUGUCAGUGAUACUUUGAAAGAAAACAUUUCACGAGAUAUUGAAAUAUCAAGUUUUAAUGCACUGCACGCAGUCAUCAUUACAUGGCAGAAAGUGGAAUUUUACAGCAAGUCCUUCAGUUCAUUUCAAGUAAUAGUUACUUCAAAUGGUACAGAUACCUUUGCAAUAUUGAACUUGCUGAAUAUUGGUCAAAGCUCACAAAAACUGCAGUUUUAUCCAGAGGUUGAUCUACGUUACUCUUACAAUGGUGGUUUAUCAUUUGUUCGUACAGGUUUUCUUAAGCGUUCAACUGGCGUAUCAACAGCAACUGUAAAUACAGCUUCGGCUGCAACUUCUGGUACAAAUACAGGUAAACCUGGACGCUGGGUGCUUCAACUAAAUCAGAAUAUAAUGUUAGUUGAAACAUCAAAUUCAAGCAAUGUUACAAGCAACAUUCAAGGGAUGCCUUUGAGUAAUUUUAGUGGCAUUGCACUGCGUGGUGAAUUUUGGUUUAACAACCUAACAUUGGAUGGAAGCAUACUUUUAUCUUUUAAUGUUAAUCAACUAGGUGUUAUACUUGCUAAAUCAAGUAGUGAUCCCCGCUAUGAUUUAAUGGAUGGAGCUAUUAAACAAUGGAUUAGCUCGGUAUACUCUAAUGUAACAAAUGCAACUGACUCUACAGUCAAUAUUGUUAGCUACAGAAUGGGAAGUUUAAUUGUUGAUUACUUUGUUUCUUUAAAAAACCCAAACUGUGGAGACUCUACAAGUUCUGUUUGUGCAGAUGGAAUCAUGAAUAGAGUUAUAAAUGUUACUAAAGAAUCAAUUAUAACAAGUGGUAGUCUAUCUGGUUCAUUAAAGCGAGAUCCAGUAUUUAAAUCUGGUCUAUGUGAAAACACGAGAGCUUGCGACGUGAAUGGAAAUUGUAUAGAGUAUCCUGACAAGUUUUCGUUUGCCUGCAAUUGUAAGUUAGGUUUCUAUGGAGACGGUUUUGUCGGAAAUUGUAUAAAAAUUAAAGACAGCGCACUAAGUUUUACCCUUCAACUGAUAUUUGGUUGCAUAUUUUCUUUAUUUGUGGCAGAGGUUUUAACAAUAUUUGUUUUUGUAAAAAUUAUUCGUAGUAAUUUUUUUUGAUGAUAAAGUUUUUAUGAAUUAAUUUAAAAUAAAUUAUAUUAUUGUAAGUUUAAAAA